GGCUGGUUUCCGGUGUGACCAAGAUGGCGUUACGGGAGCUGAGUUCGCUAGAGAAAUGUUUAGGAUUAAAGAAGCCUACUAAAUACAGCACACAGGGAGAGAGGAAGGUUCCUGUUCUCCAGAACAACAAUGGAGCAGCAUUGGUUGGUCUGGUCACCAUAGCGUCUCAUCUGGUUCAUGAGGCCAAAAAAGCAGAGCUGCUGGGAAACAGUGCUGAAGACAGAGCUGUGGUCCAACAGUGGCUCGAAUACAGAAUAGCACGAGUGGACAACUGUCCGAAAGAUGAGCUCAAAGUUAUCCUGAAGGAACUUAACCAGUACCUGGGGGACAAAGUUUAUCUAGCUGGGAAUGUCUUCACGCUGGCGGACAUCCUGAUGUACUAUGGGAUUCACCACAUUGUUGUGGAAUUGGCUAUACAGGAGAAAGAGCGUUUUCUGAACAUCACCAGAUGGUUUGAUCACAUCCAGCAUUACCCAGGCGUAAGGCACCAUCUGCCUCCUGUGGUCGUUCUGAGGAACAGAGUUUACCCAAGUGGUCACCACUAAACACCUCGACUUUAUUCAACUUUAUCCUCAGUUGUUACGUAAAACAGACCUUGGGGUCACUACAUCAGUUCUGACGCUAACCCAAAUCUUCAGGACAAGUCAAGCAGAGCUGGUCUUUUUUUGUUUUGUAAUCUUUAUGUGAAAUGAGUUUAUUACGAACAUAGUUUCUUUGUUUGGGCUUUAUUCAAAUUAUGUGUGUCAGGGUACCAAGACUUCACAAGCUGAAGGAAAAGAGUGCUCUUGUGAUCUUCGGAAGGCAAUUAACUCUAAUAAUGUCAACAAAAUAAAUACAUGAAUGUUAUUUCAGGGAAUGAUUUAAGUAUAAUUGAAAUAACCAAGUUGACUCUUGUUGUGGUGUUCAUCAGUUUGUUUGUGAUUUCAGUGUUGGUGUGGGCAGUAGUCUGGGUUUUGAGUGGAUGACACGUUUGUGCUCUGGGCAUUUAACUGGUGUGUCGCCCUCAUUUUCUUGUGCUCUUCAUUUCAUUCUCAUCUGUACUUGUUACACUGUUUCCUGUUAUAAAGAACCUGUUUUACUAGCAUACACCUGCUUUAUCCAUAUUGAUCUUUGGUCUGGAUAUCGAGCAGUUUUAUGGAAGAUCUUUGCUUGAAUUAGAUUUGUCAGGACUUUAGAGCAUAUUAAAAGGGUUAUUGCUUUUCAAGUAAGGGAAAUGUAUGCAAAUAAUAAUGCAAAUGUAUGGAUUGUCUGUAUAUUUUACAGUGAAAAAUCUUAAUUUAAUCUAAAAUCAUUUAUUUAUUAUCUGCCCUGCAUAUGCUGACAGUUUAUUUUAUUAAACUUUCUUUUAUUGUAAGCCGCCUUUUGUCUAUGUUCUCAGGUUUGGGUUAUUAAUGUCAACAGUAUGUUCUCCUGUGCCAAUAAAACAAAAAAAAAGAAAA